GCAAAUACUUAUUUUAAUAUCAGUGUCACAUGACUCUCUUCGACUGUAAAUACGUAUGCGGAAAAAUGAUAUUAUUUGCAGUAAGCCUAAGCCACAAGUGAAGCUAUAAAACUAUAAUUAGGUAGUACUUACUAUACAUCCUAUAUUUAUACUGUAAUUUGUUGUCAUUAGAUUGAGUUAACCGUGGUAAUGUUUACUUUUGUUUGUAUUUUAAAAGUAUUUACAUUUAAUUUAUUUUACAUAUGAAUGACAUAAGAAUUGAAUAAUAUUAUUAUUAUUAAUUAUGAUUGUACAAUUUACAAUAUAAUUGUUUGAAUAAUUGCUGAUUACUGAAACUGAUGAAUUAAUCAAUUAUGAAUUUCAUUCUAUUUCAAUUAAAAUUCAUUAAGUCGUUGUAUUUGUAAUCAAUAAUUCAUUCACGAUUUAUUGUUUCUCCCGAGUUAGGGGUCUUCACAUUGACAAUGGUUUUAAUUAUUGGUAUAAUUUGAUUUUUAACUCAUGUCAUAUAACUGAUACUGCUGUCACUGUCACUAUUUGAGCUUGUAACUGUUUGUGUUAACUGGGGUUGUGUGUAGUAGUACUAGUAAUUAGUAGUAUUCGUCCUGUUAACUUGACUCUGUUAUUGCUGAUUUGCUUGUUCAUAAUUAUUAAUUUCUAAUUAGUCUUAGUCUAGUCUAAGACUUCUAACAACACGUCAUGUCAUAAGUUAACUCAUCAACAAUUGAGGCCACAUUAUCCAGUUGUUAUAAUAAGUUUUUUUCUUUUUACAAUUUUCAGCAGAAUUGGUUUCAACAGCAUUAGAAUGAAUGCCAUUAUAUCGCUCUGCCAUUUCUGUGAGCUACAUGGCCCUAAAAUUCUAUAUUGCACCCAACCAUUUCGCCCUCAAGAACCUAACAACUUGGAUGGAGAUGAAGCAGAAGGCAAUAUUUCACACAGACUAAAAUCAACAUCAGUUACCCCAAGUCCAAGUGCUGAUAUUCACACGUCCACUUCUUUCUCAGGCUGUGCUAAAGACCAGUGUGAGGUAGGCUUAUUUUUAGAGAUGCCAUUGAUUGUGUCUAAAAAACAUAAGUUAUUAUUUUUGUUUUCCUUGUAUAAUUUUCACAUUUUUAAAAAAAAAGGAAACAAGCAAGCAAUUAAAAUAGCAAAGAAAUAGUUAAAUUGUAUAAUUUAAUGACAAAUUAAUUUUUUCGUUAUCUUUUCUAAGCCAUCUUCUUCAUAAUAAACUAUUUUUAAUUUCUAUGGUUUUGAUCCUUUUUAACCUUUUAAGAAAGAUAAAUUUAUAAGCAUCUUGUUUGAAUAAUUCCAUUUUAUUUCUCACUUUUUUAGGGUUGCAAAUCCGUACAGACUGGCUUUGUAAGUCAUGAUGAUGAAGCACAGGUCAGUUAUGUCAGCACACAACAGCCUUACAAUCCUGAGGUCUUUGCGAGAAUCAGGCAGGCUUGCAUUCGAAGCCUUAGCUCAGAGGUAUAUAGCCUGUUAAUUCACUAUACAUGGUUGGGGUCAAAAUAUGAUUUUUUAAAUUAUUUUGUUUUUUUUUCUUUAUUUUGGCUAGACCCAAAAUUAAUAUUUUUACAAGAAAAGCUUACAUUUUAUUGGCAGUAUCAUUUUAAAUUAUUUUGAUUCAUUUUUUUUUUUCAAAAUCAUUUUGUACUACACUUAUAAUUGAUGUUUGUCUUGUUCAGCCUUACUUUUAAUAAACAUUUUAAAAAAUUAAUCUGUCAACAGGUUUGUCCUGGAAGAGAGGGACCAAUAUUCUUUGGUGAUAAACAAUGUGGCCAUGUUUUAAGUUACACGUUUUAUGUACCCGAUAGUCAAGCACGAGGCAUGCAUAGAUGGUACUCAAUCAUGAUUGUCAUGAUGGAUAAGAUUUAUCUCCUGAACUCUUGGCCAUUUCUAGUCCCACAUAUGCGUAUUGUGAUAGAGAAUUUACAAAAUAAGGUUUGUUGACAUCAUAUUUACCUGUAAAUAAGAUUUAUUCAACUGUACUGGUUAAAAUAAAGUUCAUAGUAAAUUUAGAGUAAGCUAGACAUAGAGUUUGCUGCACUUUUGAAUUUAGUGUUUAAAUCAUUAAAAAAAUAGUAGUUUAUAUAGCUGCAUGUUAAAAAACGUUUAUCAAAAUAUAAUCCAAAGAGAUCUUAAACCAAAGAAUGACAUGGCAUUAAUGAUUGUCAUACAUUAUAAAUGCAUGGGUUAAAAUGAGAGUACUGCUGAAAUUUCUGUUCUUAUACAUGAUAAAUUUUUUAUAGCUCCAGGAAUGUUCACUUUAAAUGUACAUUGAAUUUUUAUAUGUUAGUUUUUAACAAAGUUUUUAAAAUUUUGAAUACUGUAUUUUAAAGAAAAUUGAUAUCUUAAAAACUUCAGGUUUUGUCUAAGUUUUUUUAAACACAUUUUUUUUUUUUAAAUUCCAGGCACAGAAAGUUUAUAAUCAGGAAGAAGCCAAAUGCCCACAAAGACCAUUGAGGCUAGGUGCAAGAGUUGACCCAUCAAACUUUAUCAAACAACGGGGUGGGACAAAACCUGCUCGCUCACUGCAAGAACUCACUGGAGACAAAAAUGUGUUUCGCAUGCUUCAUGUUGCAUUUUUGUGGAUACUCAAAUCCUGUGGCAAUCGCAUAACUGAAACACUGCUUGAAGGCCCACCCACUGAAGAUACAAUCAUAGAUAUGGAAAAACAAGAAGGUGAAAGCCAGCUACUUAUCAUACGAAUGUGGUUAUAUAAUGAUUAUUACUUACACUGUCACCUAAAUAAUAAUAAAAAUUAAAGAGUUAAAAUUUUCAAUCAGGAAUAAUCAGCAACCUGGAGAUUGACCACAAAAAUUCAUAUCAACGUAUAGAGAUCAGGUUAUUUCUCUCUUUCAUUAUAAUUAUACAAAGUCUUACACACCAAUAUCACUGUCAAACUAUUGGUCACAUUUCAAUUUGAGCAAAUUUAUAUGGCACGACAUAUUAGCUCUUGAAUUUUUAGGUUUUAUUACAAAAAUUCUUUAUUUAAACAGUGGCGUAGAAAGGGCAGAGGCACUUAUUUUCAUUAUAUUGAGGGGCAGGGUUUUCUGCUGACUGCAGAAUUUUUUUCAUUGAAUGAGGGAGGCAAAAAUCUUAGCCCACCAAGAGUGAUAACCUAACUACACCACUGUAUUUAUAACAAAGGCAAUAAUUUAUUAUCAAGCCUUUUUUUUUUUUUUUUUACAUUUUAAUUUGCAUCCAAAGUGUAAACUCAAAACCUAAUAUUUGACUUAGCUGAUAUUGUAAACAGAAAAUAAAAUUUCGCAAAAACUUAUUUUUUAAAAGAAUUUUUUAAUAAAUCAGAAGCCGUUAAUAAAAAUUAAUAAAUUUAAUUAUUUAUUAUCUUGCUUUUUUUUUUUUUUUUUUACAUUUUAAUUUGCAUCCAAAGUGUAAACUCAAAACCUAAUAUUUGACUUAGCUGAUAGUGUAAACAGAACAUAAAAUUUCGCAUAAACUUAUUGUUUAACAGAAUUUUUUAAUAAGUCAGGAGCUGUUAAUAAAAAUUCAGACAUUUAAUAAGACUAUUGUUCAGCAGCCCAGGCUUCAGUUUUAAUUUUUGUUUUACUUUCCAGAGACUGAAGAAGGUUUCAUCAAAAUAUACAUGCGUAAAGUGGGUGAAUUUGAUGCGAUUGAGAGUGAGGCCAAUAGUGAUAAAACAUCUGUAGAAAAAAAAGAACCCAGCAAGGAUUCAGAGACUGAAAUGGACAUCAUCUCAGGUCCUGUUAUAAAAAAUCUCCGACAUCUACGAAUGGUAAAACUCAAAUUUUGCUAACAUGAAAUUGAAGCACAUUGACUCAGCUGCGUUAAAUAAGAAGAUAUAAUUUCUCAAGCAGGCUGUUCAUAUUUUUAAAAAAUCGCUAAUUUCUGUUCUCUGACUUUAAAGGUUAUAAAAGAAUAACAUGAAAAUUAAACAUUUGUGACCAUGAUUUGUCUUUAAUAUGUCAUUUGUAGAAUGAUGUUAGGCAAAAGUUCAAGAAACAAAAAAAUCAUUUCUGAAAUAUUAAAUAAAAUAUACAUACCGGGUACUUUUAAGAACUAUCAACUUAAAAAUUUUAAAAAAUUCUUUUUACAUCUGGUUUGAAAAUAAUUAUCAGGUUAUAUUAAUUUCAAUAAUAAUACCGCAAUGAGAUUAAAGAAUUUAUAAAACAAUAUUUAGAAUUGUAAAUUUUUAAAAAAUAUCUAAACUAAAAAAACAAAUAUUGAAAAUCUUAACACCUUUGCUGUGGUAAAUAUGUUUUAACUGAAUGUGUUGACUCACACUCUUGUGAAAAUAUAAUAUUGACUUGAAUAUAUUGACUUGAUUAUAUUAACUUGAUUAUAUUGACUUGAUUAUAUUGACUUGAUUAUAUUGACUUAAUUAUAUUGACUUGAAUAUAUUGACUUGAUUAUAUUGACUUGAAUAUUUUAUUUCAGAUUUUGGGUAGCUCCAGUUUUCUAUCACUGGCUCAUCAUGUUGUAGUGGGAAACCAGGUCAUCGUAAGUGGCCAUCAACGUUCACUAGUCACCUCUAUACUUAACUCGCUCAAGGUAGAUAUUUUAUUGAAACUAUCAUUCUGAUAAAUUUAGUGAAUUUCAUGUUAAGUUUUAUUAUGUUUCUGUUUUUUUAAAUCCUUUAAGAUUGAAAGUUAUCAUCAAUGAAAAUUAAAGCUGGUAAAGCUUAACCCAUAAGAGCAAAUCUUGAACUCAAAACAAUUUUGAGACCUCCUCAAAUACAACCAACCUCGAAACAUCCUGUUAUAUUUUACCCUCAAUGGAUUUGUGCCUGAGAAAACAAACAUUGUGUACUAUUUUCCAGGGUUUACUGCCUAAAGGUUGUUGUCGUGUGGUUCCAUACAGUACAGAAUAUGUUGAGUCUUACAAGUGCAAUUUUUUGGGACUUUCACCCAAUGUAUUGCUGUCCCAGCAUGUGAUUUUAUCAGAGCAGUUUGUCCAUCUUGAGAUUGUAGAAAAGCCAGCCUUGAGUUCUCCGAAAGAGGCCGCCACGGGUCAGGGCUUUGGCUGGAGUGGACCUGACUCGGACAUCAGUGAUGCAGAUUUAGAUGGAGACAUAAGGCUUAGAGAUUUUCAGUUCAAUAUCACCACCCCAUUUACGCUUUCUUCACGAGGUAUUUAUCAAAACCUUAAUCUAUAAUUUUACUCACGUUGUCAUUGGAUACUAUUGGACUAUAAUGAAAUAAUAAGUGUAUUGUAGACUGACUUCUUACAUGGCGUAAAUAAAUAUUUAUUAUCUUUCCCCCAGUCCCCACGGUUCUCACAAGAAUGGUUAUGGCCUUACAGAACAAGAAUUUAAGCCAAGAAGUUGUUGAAGCAGCUUUUACAUGCUUGAAGGAAGAAUGGAUGAAGUAAGUACAUUGUGUUAUCUCCUAGAAAUUCAAGUAAUACCUUCCACUCUUCCCUCUAAUUUUUUCCACAUAUGCCGGUGUGUAAAGAAAAAUUAAAGAUUGGACAGUUGAAACAAAUAUAGAUUUUCCUGGUUUACAGAAAAAAUGUGUACAGGACUAGUUACAAUAUCUGUGAAUAGAACCAUAGUUGUAGUCUUCAAUCAAGCUGUUAACACUUUUUUUGUGGUGCAGAACAUUAGAGAAAUUAAAAGUCAUUGUCAAUAUAAAAAAAAAACAUAUUUAAAAAUAGGGCUUGUCAUUUCUAAGACCAGAAAACGUCACAUAGCUUUACAUAAUGUUACUAUCUUUAGACAAGGAUUUGAUAAAAAAUGGCUACUAACAAUGUAUUUCAGCAAUUAUAUAGCAGUAACAAUGUGUUUGUACAAUUUUUCAUCAAAUAAAGUUGUAAACAAGACUUAUGUAGUUGGUAUGUUUGAUUUUGUUGUUGUUUUUUUUAAUAUCUAAUAAUGAGUAAGCAUAAUUUUCUGGUCACCAGUAAAGUCAAGGUCUUGUUUAAGUUUACCAAAGCUGGGGGCAACAGAAGUGAAGAGGAUACAAAGAAACUUUUGCAGGUAACUGAUAAGGAAAUAUUCCUAAAGCUACUUUUUGAAACGAACACUGGGGAAUCAGCUCACAGAGCACCAGUCAAAGUAAUUUUUCAGAUAAAUAAGUUUAGCUUUAAGUGCCUUAUACUUAAAUUAUUUUAACUAAAUUAACUUAGGACACAAAAAAUACUUGUUUUUGGAUAUUUUGAUAUAGAUUUUUUAAAACUGGACACAUUCAACAAAGGGGAGGGAACUGAGUGAUUUUAAAAAAAAAAAUUUUCUUAAUUUCUCCAGAUUGUUGGGGCCAGAGAUGAGGAUAAACAGCUUCUCAAGUUCUGGAUGACUGGCCUCAGUGUUCAGUACAGGACCCAUAUACUGUCUUCUUCAGUUCACAGAUAGUUGUGGGGGGGGAUUUGAUUAGUAAGCUGGUUAUUUUCUGAGCUCACUGUUUCUGUUUAUAAGACAAUGUCUAUGGCACUGUUUCAAAAGCCAGAAGAGAUGAUGUCAUGAGAAAAUCCCAAGUGUGGUGUGCGGUUGCAGUCUGAAGAUGCAUGAAGUAGGAAUCGACAGAUGUCAUUAACAACAAUAUGUCUAAAACAAAUACAGUUACUUGCUAGUGGUAUUAGUUGAUAGAUGUGUAAGAUGAAGAGCUUGUGCAACUUGGCAAUAUGUUUGAAAGAGUUGUGGGAUUGGAUAACAGUAUGUUAAUUUGAUGGGGAAAGCGUUAUCUACAUAAAGAAUUCUUUUUAAAAAAACUGGCCUUUAACAAAAAUCCAACUAUGCAUUAGUUGUUUUUUUUUAUUCAUCGUCUGAUCUUUGUUAAAUAAUCAUUUCACUAUUUAUUGUUGAUACCCAAAUGACUUUGAAGAUUCAUACAAAGUCAAGUGUUAACUAUCUCAACUGACUCACUCCAAAUAGUGGUGGUCUGGAGUUCAAUCCCUGCCAAAGUCAAAGGUCCCAAGCACCCCGGAUGGAUGGGACUUGUUAACCUGGGAAGGCAACUCAUCUAAGAGCAGGCUAACUCUGAAUUCAAACCAGGAGCCAAAAUGAUCAAUACAUUGAUUUUGGACCCUCAAACAUAAAAAAAAAACAUAAUAAAAAGAGGUAGCUGGUGUUACUUUGGACAAGGCAGCUAUCAUUGAGUAGGAGCUAUUCCCUGAGUAAAAGGCCCCAACCACCGAACGUCAAACUCGGUGUGUCAAUAGAAACAAAAUCAUCAGGAUUUCGUCCUACCAGCUAAGUUACAGCUAAGUUACAGCUAAGUUACAGCUAAGUUACAGCUAAGUUACAGCUAAGUUAAAGCUAAGUUACAGCUAAGUUACAGCUAAGUUACAGCUAAGUUACAGCUAAGUUACAGCUAAGUUCAUUUAAAAAAGAAAAAGAUUUCUGAUGUUUGCAUUCCAAAGAGUAUCCCACUGGAUAACUGGUCCAUGUCUUUUAUACAUGAUCAUAGUUUCACUAGGAACUUCCUCGAAACCACAGUUAAGCUUCAAUUUGCUUUUUGCUGGUCUUAAAAGCAUGAAAUCUUUGAAUGAAUUACUCCUCAUAGUAAAUGAGCACUUUAAAUAUGUUAAACUAUAAAUAGUGCUUCGUUACUGCAAAGUUUCCCUGUUGCUUAAAAUCCAUUUUGAAUCUGUUAUUGAACCAAAUAACAUUUGUAUAAAUUGAAUGUCUAUUUUAUGAAAUGCUGAUGUGCGGUCUACAUAAUUAUUAAAUGUCAUAAGUUAUUUUAUGACCUUAUAAAGUUGUUUUGGCAUUUAAUAAUAAUUGGUUGUUGUUUUUCUAUGCUGUUGAUGAUGCAUUUCUGAACACAUUUUCCUUUUGUCUAUUAAUUAUUCUGUGUAUGGAAAAUAAAUCAAUCACUUUAA